CAACAAACAGUGCGUUAAACAAAUAAUAACACAUGUAGUUGCCAUCGGACUCUCUUGCUUCUUCAUUUCCUCCUUUCUUUCUGUCCUCACGACGAUUCUCCUUCCUCAGGAACUUAAGUUUCUGAGUUCAUGAAGAUGCCAGUGGCAUUGGUCUGGCUACUGGCAUUCACCAAUAUAUUAUUGAUCAGAGGAGAAAGCAAUGAUGCCAUAUGCAAGGAUCGUUUCAAGUUAGACCCUAGACCUCACAGCGUUUCCAUCCUCGAGUUUGGAGCCGUUGGAGACGGCAAUUAUCUGAACACGCUUGCUUUCCAGAACGCUAUUUUCUACCUCAAGUCCUUCGCAGAUAAAGGCGGUGCUCAGCUUUACGUCCCACCAGGGAAAUGGCUCACGGGAAGCUUCAAUCUCACCAGCCAUCUCACUCUCUUCUUGGAGAAAGGAGCAACCAUUCUUGCAUCGCCGGACCAAUCGCACUGGGACACUGUCAGUUCUCUACCGUCAUAUGGUCGUGGAAAGAGGUACAGAAGUUUGAUCAACGGAGACAAUCUACUAGACGUAGUCAUCACCGGUGAUAACGGAACAUUUGAUGGUCAGGGUGCAGUUUGGUGGGAGUGGUUUGAGUCGGGAACCUUGAACUAUAGCCGACCUCAUAUCAUCGAAUUAGUCUCAUCCAAAAACAUCCUUAUAUCCAAUCUAACCUUCUUGAACGCACCUUCUGUCAACAUACACCCUGUUUAUUGCAGUCAUGUUCAUAUCCGAAAAGUUUUGAUCGAAACAACCGUUGAUUCUCCGUACGUUCUUGGAGUUGUCCCAGAUUCUUCGGACAAUGUUUGUAUCGAAGACUCAACCAUCAACGUUGGCCACGAUACGAUCUCUCUCAAAAGUGGCUGGGACCAGUACGGUAUAAACUACAACCGUCCAACCACCAACGUCCAUAUUCGUAACCUCAGCUUAAAAUCUCCCACAGGCGCCGCCAUCUCCUUCGGGAGCGAGAUGUCAGGAGGAAUCUCCGACGUGACCGUGGAGCUUCUCACCAUACAAAGCUCACACGUAGGCGUAGCGUUCAGAACCACCAGAGGCAGAGGAGGGUAUAUACGUAAUAUCACAAUCUCUGGCGUUAUUCUCUCACGUGUAGACACAGCCAUCGUAGCAGACGGACACACCGGGUCCCAUGCGGAUGAUAAGUACGACCGGGACGCGCUCCCAGUCGUGACACAUGUCCUCAUGCGGAAUUUUACCGGGGAAGGUAUAGGAUUGGCCGGGAAGUUCACCGGAAUCGGAGAGUCUCCGUUCACGUCCAUCUGUCUCUGGGAUAUUCAUUUACAAACGAGUUCAGAAUCUUGGGUAUGCUCCAACGUCUCUGGAUUCUCGGACGACGUAACGCCUGAGCCUUGUCAAGAGCUCAUGAGUUCUCCCUCGUCUUGUUUCGCCGGUGGUGGGAUAUACGGUGGGGAUACGGCGGCUCGGGCCUACUACAGUUGGUAAAAACCAUAUGGUGGAGUUUGGUUUACGAUACGAUUGAAUUUUCAAUUUUUUUUGUCAAUAAAGUCAUAAAAUUUGUUGUUAGAGUGAGUAAGAUAAAAGAAAAUUACGUUUUUGUAA